AUGAGCCAUGGGUUCCCCCUCAGCGUCUUCUUCCUCCCAUUCUGGCUCCUCGUCUUCUUCAGUCUUGUCGUCUUUCUUCUUGUGGGAAGGCAGAAGAGAAGAUCCGGGAGAGAAGCCGGGCUUCUUGUACCACCUGGCUCAAUGGGCUUGCCUUGGAUAGGGGAAACUCACCAGUUCUACUCCGAGGACCCCAACGUCUUCUUUGCCUCUAGGCAGAAAAGGUUCCAUUUUUUAUGUCAUCUCACUUCCUUAUCUCUUCCAAAUCUUUCUCUUCGCUCCCGAGUGUGGUAGAGAUGAAAUAACAUGCCCUUUGUGUGUUCAGGUAUGGAGAAAUAUUCAAGACCCAUCUGCUAGGUUGUCCCUGCGUGAUGUUGGCGAGCCCGGAGGCUGCCCGGUUCGUUCUGGUCACCCAGGCACACCUCUUUAAGCCGACGUACCCGAAGAGCAAGGAGACGAUGAUAGGUCCCUGGGCCUUGUUCUUUCACCAGGGGGAGUACCACUCUCGCCUGAGAAAGCUGGUCCAGGGAUCCCUCACGCCGGAGGCCAUCCGCCGGCUUGUCCCCGACAUCGACACCACCGUGGUCUCCAUGCUAGAAUCUUGGGAUGGCCGGUCCAUCACCACCUUCCAUGAAAUGAAAAAAGUAAGGGCUCAAAGACAUUUUUCCUUUUGUCCCUAUACAUCAGUCCUUAGUUUGAGGCUGUAUGACCGGAUAUCUUCUUCAUUGUUGCAGCUGUCUUUUGACAUUGGGAUACUCACCAUUUUCGGCCGGGGGAUGGAAGAACAGUGCAAGGAGGAGCUGAAGAAGAACUACUACAUAGUAGACAAAGGGUACAACUCCCUCCCGAAUAGACUCCCAGGGACACUCUACAGCAAGGCCAUCGUGGUGAGACAGACGUGGCAUCUCUAUCUACCACAGCCGACCUUUUCUUCUUCGACAAUUUAUAUAUCCGUUUCUGUCGAUUUCUUUUCACAAAAGGCAAGGAAGCGGAUUGGCGAGAUCCUGAGGCGGGUAAUGAAAGAGAGGAGGCGGAGGGGGAACAUAGAUAAGGAUCUUCUGGGGGUUCUCAUGGGUUCUCUGGGCGGCAAGGGGAAUCUCCUGAGCGAAGACCAGAUCGCCGACAACAUCAUUGGCGUGCUGUUUGCGGCGCAGGAUACGACGGCCAGUGCCCUCACAUGGAUCCUCAAGUAUCUCCAUGACAACAGGAAGGUCCUAGAAGCUGUCAAGGUAGCUGGCUCUCAUCGAUCGUCGUCUUCUAUUCUUACUGUGGCUAAUCUUAAGGGAAACUCCACCAUGGGAUGUACCCGGCGAUAACUACUGCUGUGACUGCAGGCGGAACAGAUGUCCAUAUACAGGUCCAACGAGGGUGGGGCGAAUUCAUUGACUUGGGCGCAGACGAGGAGCAUGCCGUUGACGCAGAGGGUGAGUAAAUCGAAGAGGGAAAAUAGCCUUGUCUUUGAUUAUCAAUGUUCAUGGCCACGCCCUCAUCCUGAUGACAGACGUUCUUCCUCUUUCACCUUGAGUAGGUCAUAUUGGAGAGCUUGAGGAUGGCGAGCAUUAUCUCUUUCACAUUUAGGGAGGCUGUUGCUGACGUUCAAUACAAAGGUCCACGCAUAUUGCUUCUCCUCUCUCUACGUUUCGACUUUUAACGAUUUUUCAAAGAGGAUGCCAUACCCUGCUAGAGUAAUAUAUUUUUUAUAUAUAAUAUAAAAUAUAACAUAUUCUUUGUACUCAAUUCGUGGUCCACACUGUAAUGGACAUUAUGACACGAAUAUUUAAUGGAUGUAGGAAAUAUAAAUCAAAUUUUAGUUGGGAGAAAGUUAUCACAUUCAACUUUUUUCAUCAUUUUCUUGUCGUCAUCCUUAAAGAAUUGACUUUCGCACCUGCAGUAUAUAUUUGUGCUAUAAUUUUGAUUAUUUUUUAUAGCCCUGAAGACCAAAUAUGUAAUUGAUAACUACGAUUACUAUUUUUAACCUCAUCUUAAACUAAAUUCUUUUUAACAAUAAUUAUUUGUUUGACACCCCAAAAUAGAAAAGGAAUGACACCGCACAUAUGUUUGAUAUUGAUUCCUUCAAAUAAGCCUCGACCUCUGGUCUGCUUUAGGUGAUAACUUAUCAAUUAUUUUGUAAUUUUAAUAAAAAGCUACACCAAUUUAUUGUACAUCUCUCUGUUACUGUCGCCGUCUCUCUCUUCCCUCUCUCGCUCUCGCUUCUGUCUUUCUGUCUGUCUGUCUGUCUAUCUGUCUCUCUAUGUGGGCCUUCGAAUGUUUCAUAUGAGGAACUGACUGGAGUGGUCUAAUGCACAGGAUACCUAAUCCCCAAAGGAUGGAAGGUCAUGCCUUUGUUCAGGAACAUCCAUCACAACCCAGAAUUCUUUCACGACCCGGAGAUAUUCGACGCUUCCAGAUUUACGGUGCAGAACUCCGACUCCUUCAGUCGUCGUUCCUGUACUUUGUUCCUUAUCCUUGACUUCUUAAACGGGCUUCUUCUCGCAGGCCUCUCCGAAGCCAAACACAUUUUUGCCGUUUGGAAAUGGAGUCCACGCGUGCCCGGGGAAUGAGCUCGCGAAGCUAGAGAUGGUCAUCCUGAUUCAUCAUCUCGUAACCAAGUACAGGUGGGUGGGAAAAGGAGUGGUGAGAUGAUGCGAUCCGUUGGAUCAGAUAGUCUGAGCCAGAGGUUUUGACCUUGUCUUACAGGUGGGAGAUUCUGGGAUCGAGUAACGAGACCGAGUAUGGCCCUUUCCCAAUCCCCAAGAGAGGACUUCCUGCCAGGUUCUUUAAGAUAUCGUCCCAUGGGGAUGAACACCAUAGGACGUGA